AUGACUUUUACAAAUGCACAAAAGCAAAAGCGCUAUCGUGAAAAUUUGAAAGCCAAAGGCUUAUAUCAAAUAAUGAAAGCCAAAAAUACUGUACGAAUGAGAAUAUAUCGUCAAAAUUUAACAGGUGCAAGGAAACAAGAUUAUGAUAAAAAACAUGCAGAAUCACAAAGAGCUUAUCGUAAUAAAAACAAAAAGUCCAAAAAUUCUUUCUCAUCAAAACAGUCUUUCGGAAAGGCAUUAAAAAAAGCAAAAUGUGCUCUUCCGAAAGACUUCAAUAAAAAAAAAGUUGUCGUUCGAGCUCUAGCUCAAGCAGUUGGUAUUGUGCCUCGAAAUAAUUAUCAACGUACUACUCGAAAGUUAUCAUCAAAAAUAAAAAAUAGUAUAAUUGUAUUUUAUGGUCGAGAUGAUAUUUCAUACCAAAUGCCUGGAAAGCGUGAUACUAUUGUCGUCAAUGAUAAUGGAAAUAAAACAACAUAUCAAAAAAAAAUUAUUCUUUAUACUAUUCGAGAAGCAUACGAACUUUUUCUUGCUGAGAAUCCAGGUAUUUCUGUGGGUCGAACGGCUUUUGCUGAAAUACGUCCUAAACAUAUUUCAGUGAAGUCGUCUAUGGCGCAUCGUGUAUGCAUUUGCAUAUAUCAUGAAAACGUGAAUUUACUUUUAAAUAGUUUAUCUAAACAUGUCAAUGGAUCAUUUUGUUCAAAUUUAUAUUCAUUUACAUCGGCUCUUGUUUGUGAUGAGUCAAAUUAUGAUUGUAUGUCAUCUAAUUGUUUUACUUUUGAAAAUUAUUUCGAUUUAAAUAUUAAAAAUAAUGUUAUUGAUAAACAUAUUCAAAUAAAAUGGUACCAAUGGAAGCAUAUUAAUGGUUAUGCCACAAAAGAAGAGCAACAAGAAUCAGUUGAACAAGCUAUUGAAUUAUUAUCUUCUAAAGUGAAGACAUUUCUAUUACAUAUUUACAUUAAACGUCAACAAAGUCAAUUUUUCGAAGAAUCAAAGGCCAAUACCAAUAAUAAAAAAAUUGUUAUUCAAGUUGAUUAUAGUGAAAAUUUCGAAAUAAAACAACAAGAUGAAGUUCAAUCUGCUCAUUGGAGUUCCAAGUCGGUUUCUAUCUUUACAGCUUAUGCUUGGUGUGGUACGGACAAUUAUU